GAGAAAUCUACCGAUGUCCUCAUCGGUGUGCUGGAUCCAAAGCCCGUUCCUCCGCUCCGACGCUGAACCGCGACUGCAGCGUUCAAACCCCUGGUAGGGACCUGAAAUUUGUGUGCGCCUUUUCGACUGAAAAGAGCUUCCCCUGUCUUCCAUCAGCAGGAAGAGAGGACAGGCUGUGAACAAACCCUGUCAUGAACUGGGCAUUCCUCCAGAGCCUCCUCAGUGGGGUGAACAAGUACUCCACAGCCUUCGGCCGAGUGUGGCUCUCCAUUGUCUUCCUCUUCAGGGUCAUGGUGUUCGUGGUGGCAGCAGAGAAGGUAUGGGGCGACGAACAGAAAGACUUCAAAUGCAACACAGCUCAGCCCGGGUGCCACAACGUCUGCUAUGACCACUUCUUCCCAGUCUCCCACAUCCGGCUGUGGGCCCUGCAGCUCAUCUUCGUCACAUGCCCCUCGCUCCUGGUGGUGAUGCAUGUAGCCUACAGGGAGGACAGGGAACGUAAACACCAGCUCAAGUAUGGCGAAAACUGCCGCCGUCUCUACCAGAACACCGGCAAGAAGCGUGGAGGCCUGUGGUGGACCUACGUCUUCACUUUGGUCUUCAAAGUGGGUGUGGACGCCACCUUCGUCUACCUCCUUUACCAUAUCUAUGAGGGCUACGACUUCCCAACGCUCAUCAAGUGUGAAGAGAAGCCCUGUCCCAACAAGGUGGACUGCUUCAUCUCUCGGCCCACUGAGAAAAGAAUCUUCACCCUCUUCAUGGUGGUCACCAGCCUGGCCUGCAUCAUGCUCUCUCUUUUCGAAAUCCUCUACCUGGUCGGCAAACGCUGCCGCGAAUGUUUCACCACAGCCCCACACUCUCAACACCACGUCAUGACCAGCACACUGUCCGGCGGAAGAAACCUGACGGAGUCAAACACUCUGAAGCUGACCGAGAAAAGCAGCCCUGAAACACCCGCACCCUCAUACAGAGUCGCCGUAUGCUGAGAUACUUGAAGACGUUGAGAAAAAGCAAAGCCACUGGAAAAGGAGAGAUGUUUCUCCUUUCUCCACAGGUACUUUCUUAAGAGACUUGACAGCAGACAUUCGUCUACUCAGAGAUUGAACUACAAAGGAGUUAGUUCCUUACCGUGUCUGUGUCCACAGCCAAAGGAAUGCUGGACUAUAAGACAAAUGUGUCACU